AUGGCCGUCCCUGCGAUAACGCAACGAGAAUCCAUCACCCACUAUGCGGUCGCGAUCAAGAAACAGUCGUUCGACGGCCGAUAUGAUUCUUCUUCGGUUAUCGUCACCAUCUGCGUGGCUCUUGCCCUCUACAAUUGUCUGGAAAUGGUGCUGUUGAUCUUGACAACCUUCAAAAGGUGGAGAGGCUUAUACUUUUGGAGCCUGAGUCUCUGCAACUUUGGCGUCUUUGCCUAUACCAUCGGCGUGAUGCUGGGUUACUUCGAACUCUGUGUCUUGUGGCUAAGUAAAACCUGGCUUGAUGUGGGAUGGGUGUGCAUGAUUGUCUGCCAGUCUCUCGUGCUGUACUCGCGGCUGGGCUUGAUCGUUGAUAGUGCUAAAAUAUUGACGGGCGUCAAAUGGAUGAUCGUGGUCAGCAGUUUCGUUUUCCUCGUGCCGACUAUUGUCUUGGACUUUGGUUCUACAUAUUCCAAGUACCCGUCAUACUCGGAGGCAUAUUUCUACAUGGAACACAUCCAGAUGACGGGCAUCACCAUACAGGAAUUGUCCAUUUCCAGCCUCUACCUGUGGAAAACUUCCAAUUUGCUGAAAGUCAUCUCCAAAGCCAAUUCACGCAGUUUGGUCUGGCAGCUUUUCACCAUCAACGUCGUCAUUAUUGGCAUGGAUAUUGCACUGAUCGUUCUGGAAUACAAGCAUCUCCAGCUUUACCAAGAAAGCAUCAAGGCCUUCGUCUACAGUGUCAAGCUAAAGCUUGAAUUGAAUAUCCUAUCCAAGCUGGUAGACCUGGUCAACCACGAUUCAAUCAGCAGGUCCAUGACACUGGACGUGAUCCUUCCAACCACGUUGUCAGGACAGGCAGAGUCAGAGAUACGCGGAGAAGUAAUAGAUUCUCGAGAGUUUACCAGCUCGGCAUCAACCGGUGAGAAGGGUGGCCCAAAACAUCGUCCAAGCAACUGGGUGAAUAGUCGCGAUUUUGGCGAUCAAUUGUUCCAAAAGCCUACCGACGGCGAACCAACCUUGAGGGUUCUGUCGCAUGAUCCAAACUGGAGGUCAACUAAUAGGAGGAAGUCCGAUGACUUGUAUGCGGAAGCUCUUCGUACGAUGACCUGA